GAGGUCAGAUUGCCCAGAAAUAAAAGGAAGCCUUAGCGAGGGGACUCCUCUCAGGGAUUGCAGCAGCCCUCAGCUCACUCUUCACUUUCGCCGCUGUUUCCCAGCCCGGCAGCUCCAUCAUGUCCUUCAGUGCUGACCAGAUUGCUGAAUUCAAGGAGGCAUUUCUCCUGUUUGACAGAACAGGUGAAAGCAAGAUCACCUUAAGUCAGGUUGGUGAUGUCCUUCGAGCUCUGGGCACAAACCCGACCAAUGCAGAGGUGAAGAAGGUUCUGGGAAAUCCUAGCAAUGAAGAGAUGAAUGCCAAGAAGAUCGAAUUUGAACAGUUUCUCCCCAUGCUGCAAGCUAUUUCCAACAACAAGGACCAGGGCAGCUAUGAAGACUUUGUUGAGGGUCUGCGUGUCUUUGACAAGGAAGGCAAUGGCACAGUCAUGGGUGCUGAACUCCGCCAUGUUCUGGCCACCCUGGGUGAAAAGAUGAAGGAGGAGGAAGUGGAAACUCUGCUGGCAGGUCAAGAAGACUCCAAUGGUUGCAUCAACUAUGAAGCUUUUGUCAAGCACAUCAUGUCUAUCUAAAGGAGUGUCCAGGUAUGUACUUGUUUCC